ACGGUUUCGCUCAUUGACUCAACCAGGGCGCCGGACCGAUGCCAGUGUGAUGCCGAGAGGCUGUUGUAAUUUCCAGUACUGCUCCGUUCGACACGUACUAGUUCUUUGGAAGAAAUCGAUCAUUUGGCGCACAGCCCGAGAACCGAACAUCUAAAUACAACGCUGCAGUGCGGUCUCUUUCUGAGCGCGGAAGGAUCGGGCACUUGCUAGUGGUGAAUAGGCUCAAUAUUCCCACGGACUCGUAGAAAGCUUGUAUCGGACAGUGAGAAAGGAGAAGCGUUCGUUUAGCGACACAGUCACUGGAACUAAACCAGCAGUCGAUCAAAAUGGACAAUUUUACCUGCAUUUUCUUAAUACAGGGAUUUUUACUUCUCUUCGUUUCAAAUUGCCAAUGUCAGGAAAUCUUCAUUGAUGGACAGACAGAUCGUCAGGUGGAAGGAACAGCAAAUGCUUUGUUAACUUGUAAAACGACAGGUCCAGAUGAUGGCCAGGAUCCGGACCUCAAGUGGUUUAAUCCCAGUGAUGGAGAGAUCAUUGCAGAUCCAACAAAUAGACAUAUGCGACUACUACCACAGGCGGUGCCUACCACCCUUCAGGCUCAGUUAGAGAACAUCACAAAGGAUAUGGCCGGUGUAUACCGCUGUAAAGGGUUCAUCGGCGGCGAGGAAAAGGAAGCCACUGUCACGCUGACUGUCUCAACUCCAAUUAUCACCACCGGUAUAAAAACCUACCAGACGUUCACACAGGGGGAAAACGCUGUCGUCAACUGCUCAAUGAACUCCCCAGACUUCAUGAUUUCUUGGUAUGACAACAAUGGCAAGGUUGUUGAUAGUUCCUCAGACUUGAAACAGACAAGUCAGGGCCUGAAGAUCGACAACAUCACAACAGCUGAUGGUGGUGUGUACACCUGUAUGAUUCUGACCUCUACGACCUUCAAGAAGAUCUACAUCACAGUGUUUGUUAAGGUGCCACCUGUCAUCACCCAGUCACCGUCACGACAGGAAACUAUCACCGGGACAUCCAUGAGGAUGGAAUGUCGAGCCACCGGAAUCCCGGAGCCAAAGUAUCAAUGGUUCAAGUUUGGUCAAACCAAUGCCCUUGUUGACGGUGACAGAUUCUCAAUAGACGAAGUGGUUGGAACAUUCAUCAUCAACGAAGUGAUCAUCGAUGAUGAAGGGAUCUAUCGUUGUGAGGCUUUUAACGAUGCUGGACGAGUGACAAAUGAAGCAGAGCUGGACGUUCUAAUUCCGCCUUCCGUCAGGGAACUAUUCAACCAGUCUGCCAACGAAGGAACUUCAGUAAAGCUGCGUUGUUUGGUCAGUGGAGAUCCUCUCAAUUCUAUCACAUGGCGAAAGGGUGAUAUCUCCUUCAGCUCCGGCAAUCAAGAUGUGGAGGGCAACUCUGGUGACAUGGUGUCGGUGAAAACAAGUGUACAGGAAACCGACUUUGCGGAACGCAAUGAGCGUCAGUCAGAACUCACCAUAAACAACUUGGUACCAGAAGAUGCUGGCAUGUAUGAAUGUCACGCAGAUGGUGGAAAAUCGGGGACAGCCGAAGGAGAGAGCUUCCUCACCGUCAGAUAUCAGCCUGUGUUUGCCAAGGACCAGAAGGAACACAACUACACAUGGGCCGGACAGACAGGUGUGCUGCGUUGUGUAACCCAUGGCGAGCCCCUUCCCUCAAUCCGCUGGUUUCGGGAUGAUGUCAUGAUUCAACAGGGCCAGAGUUACUUCGACCAGACUGACCGACAGCUGGACGCCAUAACUCGUGAAGGACUACUGAUGAUCCGAGUAGAUUUUGGGAAUGAGAACGAGGUCUACACCUCUUACACCUGUGAGGCUACUAAUGAUAUGGGUGUUAGCUACAAAAACAUCUCCCUCCUCAAAUCCAGUGUACCUGUCCUGAACAAGGUAUCCCAGCUGGAGCUGACCCCCACCACUGCUCGUUUCAGUGUCCAGGUUGCCUCGGUAACCAACGGACCUCCACCAACAGAUGUUGUGGUCGAAUAUGGCACUGGAAAUGUUACUGAAGUAGAUUUAGAUCGAAACGGCCCAACCAUUGUGGAGAUUGAAAAUCUGAAGGUGAGCACAGCCUACACAUUCCAUUUCUACGCAAAGAGUGAGGCUGGCAGGAGUCUUGCAGAACCUGUUUCUGUCACCACAUUAGCCAUGAGAAAACCUUAUCCAGCUGAAAUCAUGUCAAAGACCUUCAGUGACCAAUCUACCAAAUACCUUCUGCAAUGGUCUCUACCAAAGACAGGCGGCGCACCCAUCCUCAAUUUCAACAUCCGGUACCGCCAGGUUUCUGUACUAGACGAAAAAACUGUGGAUAAUAAAUACCAGCGUAACCAACCAGUGACAGGAUGGUUUGAGGUGGCGCCCAAGCCACGCGGAGGAUCAUCUACAAAAUUGCUUGAAGACCUUAACCCAUCCUCCUACUACGAAGUCGAGGUAACGGCUGUCAACCUCAAGGGAACGUCGGAACCCAGAGCCUUUAUCUUCCGCAUGUCAAAUGACCAGUCAGUCACCGACCCACCUGCAGGCCCAUUAGAGAAGGGUGCUAUAGAAGCUUCUGAGAGCAAGGACAUCGGUCUUCCUAUUGGAAUCAUCAUCCUUAUCGUGGUCGUCGUCUUCAUCAUCCUCUUCGUUAUCGUCGACGUAACGUGCUACUUCCGGAAUAAGUGUGGGGUCAUCAUGUGCUUGAAGGAACGUGUAGGUCACGCUGGGUCAGCGGACACGCGCAGUAAGGAACCUAUCAUGGAAUCAGGAGAAAGUGAGAAGGGUACUCUACCUAUUGGAGGUGUACAGAACAAAGAUGGACAUCUUGUGGAGGACGAGAAGAAGGUACCUCUGCUUGACUCUGAAGGAGGGGCGAAGGAUGAAGUUGAGGAGGAGAACGAAGUAGCUGCUAAGGAGGCUGAGGAGAUUGAACCGGAAGACAAACAACCAGAUGUUGCCGACACUAAACCGAUUGCGGAGGGUGAAGAAGCUAAGGAUGAACCCGCCCCGGCACAGGAAGUGGAUCCCACUCCACCUCCACAGGUUGCGACCACACCCCCUGCAUCUGACGCCCCGGCACAGCUGCCCGUGGCAACCGAACCCAGUGCCUAGUGACGUCAGUGGGGAUAAACAUGGAGCGGGCAGGGUAUAAAAAAAUUGGGGUGAUUGACAGUAUAACUGCUGUGUGUCGGCGGAACUAACAUCGUGAUAUUUCGUCAAUGCAGACAGAUUGAUCAGAAAAUAGUGUUGAUCAAUAACUUUGAUUCAUUCCAUACAUACUACUGUGUAAUAUCAACGGAGUUGUACGGGAAGGGAUUAUUACAAGUGUUUUAACUUUUGAGGACCUGUUUGAACCAUCGCCUUGGCUAGUUGAAACUAAUCCCUGUUGCCCUGUAAGGGCGCAUAUGUGUCCCUGUAUUGCUUGUGUGAAAUUGUGAGAGAGUUGGGAGCUGAGACGAAAAGUCUUUGGCAAAAUGUUCCAAAGAGUAUACACCAUGACAUCAAACUUCCCUGUAUGCGACAAAAAUCUGUAAUAUGUUCCGGAAACACUUCUUGUAUUCACGACAUGAAUUUGAGAGCCUUUUUUUUAUUACACAGCAGUCAUAUUACUUGGAUCAAACUCUUAUCUGUGUUUACAAUUUAUUUAGAGUUAUUAAAAAAUUCUCAGGGAAACUCUCGCGUGAACGCUUAGACAUUCGUCUCAGCUCCAUUUUGAUUAUAUAUUUAUUUGUACGAUUGCCUGUUUGUUCCUCGCCUUAUAUUAUAAUCUAGUUAUGCCCAUGUCUCACAGAGACCAGGAAUAUCGGGGGCUCCAGCGGAUUCAAGGGCGCACUUGAUUUGCUGAUGCAGGAAUACCUCGAUCAUUAUAUGCUCAAUCGUGUAGGAAAACAACAGGAGCGUCCAUUGGAUGGCCAGCAUCAACCAAUCAACUACGCCCUAAUCACUUGUAUAUACAUUACUCGGGACCAGAAAUACCAACAAAGAAAUAUGUAAUCUUUUUAAUAUGCAAAUGAUAUGUAGCUAUUGCGUGUUGUAAAACACCGGAUAUACGUCAGCUCUUGUUUAUGUGGUCACGUGGUCUAUUGAAAGUAACAUUUCUGCUCGGUCGUUAUGUAUAAAACGUCUCCCAUAUAUGUGCACUGUAACGUAAAUGUUUUCGUGAGAUCCGAUUGUGUAGAAAUCUGGUAAAAUCUAUGAAUAUUCAUGAGAAUAAAUUCCUUAUAUAGUAUAUCUGUAUGCAGUGUACCGUACGCUGUGCAAUAAAUUACAAUGUAUUCAAACUUUUAAAAGAAAAUUUGUGAACCGUUUUUAAAAAGAAGAAUUUUGUAAAUAUAGAUUAUAAAGUGAAGCAUCAAGUUGACCUCUACCCUUUGCCCUCCAUUGACGUUAACCUUUGACCUCUGAGAUGUAUUAUCACAGGUCAUAAUGGACUUAUCUUUAUGCGGGUUGUGUUGAUUUUUCUCUGUUACUGUGUACAGAAAAGGUUUCGUAGAUACUGUUAAGUUUUUUAUCUGUGAGUUAUUUGUUAUGGCAAUCAGAUAACACAGACUCUAGUUCAGAUUAUUUUUCUUUGUUUAUUUUAUCUAUGAUUGUUAACGAAAAGUUUAAUACCAAAAACUGUUCCAAACUCAGCAGAAAUUAAUCAAUCAUCGUUGUUCAAUAUUUAUGUUUGCCGCCUUCCUGUCUUACCUCGAAUUCCUUCGUUGAUGUCAUAAUUACGGAUAUGACGUCACUACGAUUCAGAUUUAUGUAAUUCUGCUAUGAGCUCAUGCUUAUUAUGUGACGUUAUGCUUUUCAUGUUAUUCAGAUUGUAUAAUGCCAUAGUGUGACACCUGUCCUGUUGUCCUAUUGUCCUAUUGUCCUAUUGUCCUAUUGUUCAAUAUUUUCGGUAUGUAAUAAAUUGAUCACGUGACACCCCAGGUUAGUGUAAAUGUGGGUAAACUCUCCCGUGUAUGCUUGAGUAACACCUUAUAUGUCUAAUCUUGUAUGGCGCCCCACUUCCAUUCCUAACCGUAAACUACAACCUGUUAUUUCCAGGAUCAUAAUGAAUCCGUGUUGAAUUGUAUCUAUCCUCAGAAAUACAAUUAUCAUACUGGGGAAAUUAUAAUGUAAAGGUUACCAUAUUGUUGCAUUUUGUUUUAAGUUCCUCCAUAUUUUUUACAUCGUACAGUGUAAAUUAUUUGAUUUUCCUUUGAGAAAAGAAUCAUAUGAUAUUAGCAUGAUAAGGAGAAAAAACACAACUGUUGUAGGACAACGUACGGAUCAUGAAGGAGACUUUCGACCGAGAUAAAUAUAAUUAGACCAGUAGUGGAAACUGACGAGGUUGAAGAAUAUUUAUGAUUUCGAAAUGCAAUUUAGCCGGAUAGUAUUACUUUUAAGGCGACACAAAUCAUUUUACUUUUUUAAUGGAGAGUGUUGAUCACGUGAAGUAACAUCUUUUUAUUAGAAUGUCAUUUUGUGCAGUGAAAAGUCAUUUUGUCCCAACCUAUGAGGGCCAUGCUUUCGUUAAUAAUAAGAAUGAACUGUAAAAAAAAGGCAUGUAAGUGAUAUAAGAUAUCUGCAUUCCAUUUGUAGAGGACAUAAUUAGGCUGAGUCAUAAUUGUACACAUGUUUCAGUGACGUCACAAUCUUGCACACCUUUCAGUGACGUCACAAGUGUGCACAUAAUACAGUAACGUCAUGCACAUGUGUCAAAAUUGGAUGUUAUAUUUUGUUCUGUAUUCAUAGUCAUAUUAUCGGUAAUCGUCGGAGGAUAAAUUAUUCAUACACUAAUACAUUUUGUAUUCGUUUGAGUGCCAUAUACUUGUAUAUUAUUCAUGCUUGGGUAUAUUAUUAUUACCGUAUAUACGAAACACUGAUAUGGAAUGGAGUACACCCGUACAAACCUCAAAUUUCUUUUAUGACUUCUUCCUAUGGUCAAUUAUAACAAGCGGAAAGAUCUAGAAAAUCUUGUACCGUAAUAUCUUCAAGCUUUUCCUGUAUACUAAAUAGCUUAAAGAUAAUCUCUUAAAACUUUUCUCGUAUACUAAAUAGCUUAAAGAUAAUCUCUUCAAGCUUUUCUCGUAUACUAAAUAGCUUAAAGAUACUCUCUUCAAGCUUUUCUCGCAUAUUAAAUAGCUUAAAGAUAAUCUCUUCAAGCUUUUCUCGUAUACUAAAUAGCUUAAAGAUAAUCACUUUAAAGCUUUUCCCAUAUACUAAAUAGCUUAAAGAUAAUCACUUUAAAGCUUUUCCCAUAUACUAAAUAGCUUAAAGAUAAUCUCUUAAAACUUUUCCUCUAUACUGAACAGCUUGGAGAUUGGCUCUUAAAACUUUUCCUGUAUACUGAACAUCUUGAAGAUAAUCUCUUAAUGCUUUUCCCGUAUACAAAACAGCUUGAAAAUAAUCUCUUAAAACUUUUCCUGUAUACUAAACAGCUUAAGAUAAUAUCUUUUAAAGCUUUUUUUCCCGUAUACUAUAUAGCUUGACGAUAAUUUCUAACGGCUUGUCCUGUGUACUAAACUGGGGGAAGACGAUCUCUAAAAGCUUGACCCAUGAACAGAGGGAAGAUAUGUAGUAUAUUAGUUUUUUCUGUACGAACAACAGCGGAAAGGUGGUCUUAAAAACGCCAAUUCUUAACAGCGUAACGAGUUCCAACACUAUCUGAUCUAUAAGACUACAUAGAAACACCUCUAAUGUAUUGAAUUAGGUCACGAAAAAUAAAAAGAAUAUAACAGGUUCUACUGUACUUGUACUCCAUACCCUUAUCUGUGUUGAUUAUGUUUGACUUGCAAUCGCUUUCAGUGCCAAUAUGUGAUUCUCACAUAUAUAUGCACUCUUAUAACCAAAUUAAUGUUGGGUUAUCCCCCUUUGAAACUAAUCAUUAGUGCACCACUAAUUGAUUUAUAAAUACACACACACGCACACAUAUAUAUAUGCAAAUAUAUGAAGCAUUUUCUUCAGAAGCCAGACUUAACAAUAAAUCCAUUAGAUUGGAACUUAGAAGCCAUAGGCUCACGUCAUUAUAACGGGUAGCCUUAUAACUGGAGAUACUGUAGGAUAAAUAAGGAUAGAAGUGCAAUAUGUAUACCCGUGUGCUGCCUUGACUAUCUUAUCGCCAUUCAAACUAAUAAAUUGCAGAACAUCUUUGAUUUUUUGAAUUUAGACUUUUAUAAGUUAUCAAUGAACAAAAUACACAAGAAUUGAUGACGACAAAGUUGAGUACACAGAAAUUGAUGACACAUUUAGGAUGUAUACAAAAAAUUGUGACACAUUUAAAAUGUCACAAGGAUGGCAUUAAAACAUUAGUAAGUCUUGACAAAUACUCGCCUCCAUGUAUGGUCAUUCUAAAGGGCCAAAGGAUAUUAUAUUUACCAAAAAGAUAUUUCCAAAAAUAAUCAUUAAUCUAAAUAACUUAAUAAUCCAAUAAUUUUUUAGGGGAUGUAUUAUUUCUAAGACCAGUAAAUCUAUUUUUCUUGGUUAUCAAUACUCGUAGUUUUGUCGAUAGCCAUGUACAGACUUUUACCUAUUGGCUUAGUGUGUUCGCAGAAAUGUCUCAUGUUUGAACUCGAUAGCUGUGUAUAUGUCAUUUUAAUUAUUAUAUAAUAAUAUAUACUGAUGACUUUUUUUCACAUUGUAUCAUAUAUACGUACAUAAAUUUAUUAACACAUUGUACAUAUUGAGACUGUGUAUAUGUUACUUGCUUCCUGUUCAGUCCAAGUUUGUUUGUCUGGGAUUUUCCAAUUAGUAUCGUUAGUUCAAUAACGAUGUAUGAUAUAUCAAAUAGAUUGGGUUCUUGAGCUGGGGAAAAACAUGAAAGGAUUUGUUAUUUGAAAAGUUUUAUCUGUCAUGCUUUCGUUUAAAUAACUCUAUCGUAUUCGGAUCAGUAAGCUAAGAAAUAUGUCAGCUGUUGGUGUAUGUUAAUGCUGCUUUUCUACGGAGUUUGUCAAAGCAUUGUUAGCUUUCACUUUUAUUACUCAAAAGUUAUAUAAAGUUUGAUCAGAAUAUCUUCAUGUUUCACUGUGUUUUUUUCUGCCUUUAGAUUAUAUGAUGUUGACAUGUAUUCGAUCGAUGAAUUUCCAUAUAUUUUUCACAUCUAUGAUACAUUUUGUUUUAGUUUGACUAUGAAUAAGCUGAGUAGGGUUUGGGCAUUUGAUGGUACAACUGGUGACAUGCAUUUUGAUUGGUUAUCAUUACUCUAUAUGAAAUAUAUUCACCAAAUAGUCAGUUAUUCAAAUAUGUUCUGGUGUUAUCGAUUUUAGAUCGUGGGGUUCAGUUUGAAUUGUACACUAAUUAUUAAUCAACUAAUUGAUAAAUUAAUUGAUAGUAAUUAACUAAUUAUCGUCCUUUUACAGGUGAUUUAUUGUAAGUUUAAACAGUAUUCAACAGGCAUAUUUAUAUAAGAAUAUACAUUUGUCCAUCAUGUUUAUAUUUUUCCUAAAUAUACCCACAGCCUCAUCGUUAUUCCAUCAAACUUUUUUCUGUAUAGACUUUGUGCAAUACCGAUGUUAUGUAAGAUAGACAGUUUCAUCUAUAUUAUCGGAAAAAUGAUGAUUUUGUCUCGUAACAAAAAUUACAUACCCUCUGAUAUUCUCAUCAAUAACUUAUAGGUUUUUAAAAAUAUUAAUAUGACAUAUUUUGAUCUUGUUGUUUUCGCAAUGACUUAAAAUUAGGAAGCAACUUUCCUUAUAACAAGGGUAGAUACUGUUAUUUAGGGUGACAGUUUUUUGUAGUUAUUUCCGCUAACAUUUGAUAUUAACGAGAUAGAGUGCAGGUUGAGGACCAGGUCCCACAAGUGUAUACUAUUUUUGAUUGUGUGUUGUUCUGUAUCUGUUUCGUAAGGCCAUGUGUUAGUCAAGCUUAUUUUUGGAUGUUUAUUGUAAUAAAAUUGAUAAAAAUAA